GGGAGCCAUACAGAACAGGAACGAUGAAGGUUUUGUUUCUCUUAGUGCUGCUUGCAGCCGCCAACUGUGAGAAAGUAUUCUUUGGAGACCAGGUCAUCAGGGUCAAUGUGGAAUCUGAGGAACAGAUUCAGCUCCUACGUGCUCUGGAGAAGGACACUUACUGGGGUUUGGACUUCUGGCUCCACCCUGUAAACAGUGAGUUGCCCGUGGACAUCCACGUGCCCUACCAGAGUCUGUAUGCAGUGAAGGACUACCUCAGCGCCCACAACAUCCCCUACACUGUCAUGAUCACAAACGUACAGGAUCUCCUGGACGAGGAGAAGGCAGAGAUGGAGGAAAACAACAUGAAGGAGCGGCACUCCAGGAGCUUUAACUUUGGAGCAUAUCACCCUCUGGAGACAAUCUACAGCUGGAUGGAUGACCUGGUGGCUGCCCAUCCGAACCUGGUCACUAAGGAUCAGAUAGGAACCUCCUAUGAGGGUAGGCCCAUGUAUGUCCUGAAGUUCAGCACUGGUGGAGACAGGCGUCCAGCCAUCUGGGUUGACUCUGGCAUCCACUCCAGAGAGUGGGUGUCUCAGGCCACUGGAGUUUGGACUGCCAACAAGAUUGCCACAGACUUUGGUACCGAUCCCUCCCUGACCUCCCUCCUGAACACCAUGGACAUCUACCUGCUGAUCGUGGCCAACCCGGAUGGCUACGUCCACACUCACACCAGUGACCGCAUGUGGCGUAAGACUCGCUCCCAGAACCCUGGCUCCAUGUGCCGUGGUGUCGACCCCAAUAGGAACUGGGAUGCCGGCUUUGGUGGCCCCGGCGCCAGUUCCAACCCCUGCUCUGACUCUUACCACGGACCGUCUCCUCACUCUGAGAUCGAGGUGAAGAAUGUGGUGAACCUGGUGAAGAGCCAUGGCAACUUUAAGUCCUUUAUCUCCAUCCACGCCUACUCCCAGCUACUCAUGUACCCUUAUGGAUACACCUGCAAAGACGCGUACCACGCUGCCGAACUGGACUCUGUGGGUAGGUCUGCAGUUCAGAAGCUCAGCUCUCUCCAUGGCACCACAUACAAGGUUGGCAGCAUCUGCAAAAUCAUCUACCAAGCCAGUGGGGGCAGUAUUGAUUGGUCCUACAAUGUUGGCAUCAAGUAUUCCUUCGCCUUUGAACUGAGAGACACCGGUCGCUAUGGUUUCAUCCUGCCAGCCAACCAGAUCAUCCCCACAGCCUCCGAGACGUGGCUGGCCCUGAAAGACAUCAUGGCCUACGUCCGUGAUCACCCCUAUUAAGCCCAAAGCCCUCCAAAAUCCAUUUACCACAGGGCAUAUAUUCUUUGAAAUAAACAAAAACCUAUCGCUCGUUUA